AUGAACGUUGGAAAUCUUUUCCAGGAUGUGAAUAUUUCUGAACUUAUGAAGAAGUUAGAUAUCCUUGGCGAUAAUGGGAAUUUGAGGAAUGAAGAACAGGUUGCAAUAAUCCAAGCUGGAACUGUGCUUGCCCUGUGUGAAAAGUGGCUGCAGCACAUAGAAGGCACGGAGGCCGCCCUCACGCAGAAGAUGAUCGACCUGGAGAAGGAAAAGGACCUGUUCAGCCGGCAGAAGGGCUACCUGGAGCAGGAGCUGGACUACAGGAAGCAAGCCCUUGACCAGGCCUACCUGAGAAUCCGGGAGUUGGAGGACAAGUUGGAGUUGCAAAAACGCCACCUAAAGGAGCUGGAGGAGAAGUGCUCACAGCGAGAUGCCAGGGCCCUUAGAGAAUGUGGCCCUAAGGCCCCAUCUGAGUGCCACGGGCCAGCCACACCCAGCUACUCCAUCCCUAUAUGGCUGUAA